AGGGGGGCUUCUCCUGCAGACGUGCUUUCUCCUUCUUUUGAGGGAGGGUAUGACAAGAGUCCCCUGCCACACCUCGUGCCCCUAUGCCCUUUAUACGGGCUGCCGACCCAAGCAGGCUGCACCGUGGCUGGCCCCGCAGUAGGCUGGGAAAGGAUUGGCCACGGUGACGGCUGCCCCGUGGCCAGCACGAUGAAGUGCUCCCUGCGGGUGUGGUUCCUCUCUAUGGCCUUCCUGCUGGUGUUCAUCAUGUCCCUGCUCUUCACCUACUCACACCACAGCAUGGCCACCUUGCCCUACCUGGACUCGGGGGCCCUGGGGGGAACGCACCGGGUGAAGCUGGUGCCAGGCUACACGGGACUACAGCGCCUUGGCAAGGAGGGGCUUCCGGGGAAGAGCUGCGCCUGCCGCCGCUGCAUGGGCGACGCCGGCACCUCUGACUGGUUUGACAGCCACUUUGACAGUCACAUCUCACCGGUCUGGACCAGGGAUAACAUGAACCUGCCCCCGGAUGUCCAGAGGUGGUGGAUGAUGCUGCAACCCCAGUUCAAGUCACACAACACCAAUGAGGUGCUGGAGAAGCUGUUCCAGAUCGUGCCUGGCGAGAACCCCUACCGCUUCCGGGACCCUCAACAGUGCCGGCGAUGUGCUGUGGUUGGAAACUCAGGCAACCUCCGGGGCUCUGGCUAUGGGCAAGAUGUGGACGGACACAACUUUAUCAUGAGGAUGAAUCAGGCACCAACUGUGGGCUUUGAGAAGGAUGUUGGCAGCCGAACAACCCACCAUUUCAUGUACCCCGAGAGUGCCAAGAACCUGCCUGCCAACGUCAGCUUCGUGUUGGUACCCUUCAAGGCCCUGGACCUCAUGUGGAUUGCCAGUGCCCUCUCUACAGGACAGAUCCGAUUCACCUACGCUCCAGUGAAAUCCUUCCUUCGGGUGGACAAAGAAAAGGUCCAGAUUUACAAUCCAGCCUUCUUCAAGUACAUCCAUGACAGGUGGACAGAGCAUCAUGGACGGUACCCUUCCACAGGGAUGCUGGUGCUCUUCUUUGCACUACAUGUGUGUGAUGAGGUGAACGUGUAUGGGUUCGGGGCUGACAGCCGAGGCAACUGGCACCACUACUGGGAGAACAACCGGUAUGCGGGCGAGUUCCGGAAGACGGGCGUGCACGACGCCGACUUCGAAGCCCACAUCAUUGACAUGCUGGCCAAGGCCAGUAAGAUCGAGGUCUACCGAGGGAACUGAGCUGCCCACAGCGACAUCAGGACCAGUCAAACCUCGGUCGGGCGAGCACAGGGUGCCGCCCACCAAUCAGACUCUGCACCAUCCCCCGCAACCAAUCAGUGUUGCCGUUGGGCGGAGCUUCUUUCUCAGCCAAUCAUGCGACUCAAGGAGAACUUCCGGCGCCGCCGUCUCCACCAAUCAUGGCCUUGGGAGACGGCGGGGCCUCGACCCCCCUCCCCCUCCUCUGCUUUGGAUAAGAGUUUCUUUUCCACCUUUUACGAGGCCAGUGCUGGGCCUGGGCAGGAGUGCCUUGGACUGCUCAUUUCCAGCUUAGGCCCGGAUGGGAGAGUGAAGCCCGCCAAAGAAAUAUGGUCGCGGUGAGACCCUCGCCAGGGCAUUCCGUGGCUCACCAGGUAGUAGGGGAUUAGAUUCACUCCCAGCAGGGUGGACCUCCCUAGGGCUUCACUCCUUAACUAGUGUCAGCAAGGGGUAGGAAGCUCCACCGGGUCACAUGCAAGGUGCUUCUCUCACGUGUGCCCUCACUUCUACUGUCCCCCCACCACCUUCUCAGCGUCUGACCUUUGGCCCUGGGCUUACUCUCCAGCUCACCCGUUGAUCUGGAGACAAAAUGACACGGCCGGGACCCUGCUGCUCACGCCCUCACACACACACAGCCCUUAUGUCUUUAGUCCUAAGGCGAGAGCAGCGCAGUGGACAUCAGGCUGGAGAGGAGAGCCCAGCUGCCUGUGCAUGUACCUUUUUCUUUCAUUGUUACCCCAAAGAGGAGCAGGCAGCCUCUUGCUUGGGGGUAGGAAUUGCUUUGGGCUCAUACUUUAGUUACCCUGAAGCUGCCAGGGAUGGCUGCCCAACCAAGAUUGCUUGACAAUUCUUUGCAGGCCUUGCCGAUGGCCUGGAGCUUUGCUGGGGAGGAGCGGAUUGGUGGCUGCCAGGCAUGCCUCCUCCUGUCCGCACCUUAACCUGCUUACUCGCCUGAUCUAACCCACUUUCCAGCUCCUAAAGGGCUGGUGAGUAAAGAGUCAGGGGCUACAACUGGAAGCUACUUGCAUGACUCGACCCCAAGUCAAGGUUGAGAUUCAGUGGGCUUCAGGGAAUGUCUCAGGCCACAGAAAGUACUCCCCUUUCCCUGCAGUGUCCACAUAAAUAUUCUCCAUUCUUGAUAAGUUGACAUUACCAAGCAGCCUCCUGGUUGGGGGACAGUCACCCACAAGGGAUAGUAUUAGAGGGUGGGGAUGAGUCAGCAAGUACCCCUAAAAACUAAUACAUUGAGAACUUUUCUUGAAUCUGUUCCUUCCCAGUUCCAAAAGCAGGGGUGGAGUAAAAGGGGCUACGCUGAGUGGGGCUACAGGAGAACCUCUCAGGGCGCUAACCAUCUGGCAGUCGAGGCACCAGCCAUUCUGUUCUUGCCUGUCUCAUCUCUGCUCUCUCAAGAAGCUGCUGUGAUGAGAAGUUGAAAAACAAUGCAAUUAUGCCAAACAGUAUUGAGAAGAAUAAUUUAUUUUUCUCCCCUUCCUUCCUUCCUUCCUUUGUUUUGUUCAAACCAUUAAUCCCCGCCUGGAAGAGGUAGGUCCCAGCACCCAGAUCCUUUCUUCUAUAGUUAUUUAAACAUUUAAAUUUUUCCUUCCAUUUCUUUUUCUGAAUUAAAAAGAACAAACCCCA